AUGUCUUCUGACGACGGCAACUGCGGCAGCGAGGACGGGGAGGAAUGCACGGGGGAGCAAGUGAUGUUCCUCGUCAUAUUUUGCUGGAUGAUGGUGGGGCUUGCCGUGAACUGGGGUCUGAUGAUUGUGAGUGGACCCAACGACCUCCCGGACGUCUAUGGGUGCAACGGGAUUUUACGAGCUGAUCGUGAUCCGGGGUGCUUUUUCUUCUUUUUCAAGGUAUGA